UACCCUUUCUUAUCCGCUGACGGUUAUCUGGCUUCUGACCCUGUGGCUAUCGUACUGCAUGCGGCGGGCAAGUCGAAUCUGUUGCCUAAUGGUCAAGAGGAGCGCACACGUGCGAUAUCCGUUGUCGAGAGUUCGGUGAGGAUUUUCGAGUUGCUGAAGAAGGCGGCGGAGAGCGACGCGGUGGAGCGGGAGUUAAUAAUUUCGGAGCAGAUCCCUCCGUGUCUGGCACGCGUGGAGGUCCUGAUGCGGGCCAAGGGGCUGCCGGAAGCAAACGUCCUGAUGCGGCCGAAGGGGCUGGCCGUAGAGAACGCCUUCGAUAUCAGUGAUGUCGCUUGCGAUGUACUCUGCUGGGCCCUCACUGAGUCCAAGCAGCAGUGCUUCCGUCGCGAAGACGUCGAGGAUCUCUACCCCACUAUCGCCCAGACCGCGAAGACCACCAAUCAAAUGUUCAUCGACCUCACAAAAAGUCGCUGCUUGGGUGUUUGUGACAAUAACACUGCACUCGACUAA